CAUGAAUUAAUAGGCGACACUUUAUUUUCCGUAUUUCUCAGAUAAAUACUAUACAGUACAGGAGUUUGUGAAGUUAUCAUUAUGCGUUUAGAUCUUCUUAGAAGCCUGUAAUUAGGAAUAAUAAUCAGAAAACGUUUUGCUAUUUUUAUGGAAAUACUCAGCUAAAAGCCUCUCAAGUCGUGCUCUUCAAUCUUGUAGAGGAGAGUAGGAGCAGCUUUAAAUUGGUCUUCAUCCGUAAUAAGUAGUUAUUUCUUCUUGGAAACAUGUAAUAUUCUUGGAAAAUUAUAGCUGAAAGCAUGUUUUGAAUUCGUACGAAAAUGUUUCAACCUACAAGAUGCGUCAUUCUAUAAUAUUAUAUUAGUAGUACUUUAGUAUUUGGGACAUGUUGAAGUGAUACUUAAUGUUAUUACAAAGGAUAGUUUAGACGUGGUUAAAUUAAUUCUUAGUAACGCUUAAUCAGUGUGUAAAUGAUUUUUUUGCUACUUCAUACAUUAUUCUACAUAUGGUAAAUAUUUAAUAUUAAACAAACAAAUUUAUCUUUUAACACGUCUGAAACUAGUAGCAACCUAUUUCUGGAAAAUAUUAACAAUAUACUAGAAUUGCAUUUUUCCCUUUUCAGCUUUGAUUGUAGCAUUGCUAGAGAAAUAAUUUGACAAUGGAAAUAAAUGCAAAAACAGUAAUAUUUUGGAUCCUUUAUCACGUUCUUGGAUUAAACGGUUUUCGAACUGGAAAUUUUGUAUCCAACAGAAACCUAGAAUCCGCCAUCAAACAUAUGCAAACGGACAAGAUACGUAUGCAAAAGCUGGAUAAGUUUUCGCAUCUACCAACAGUAUCAGUGAACAACAGAUUCAAACGUUUCUUUGAAUUCAAUCCUGUGGCCUUUAACCGUGAUUCAACUGAUAUUCAGGAUAAACCAAUUCAGUCAAUGUUUCAUUUUUCGCCAUUUAUUACAAGUCUGCAAAACUUUAAAAAGCAUGCAAUACAUGACGAAAAGCCGCUUUCAAAAUUUAAACCCAUUUAUAUAAAAAACGGUGAAACACCAAAACAUUUAAAGCCGUAUGUUGAUCAUUUUUCUGGUGUUAGGGCAUUUGCAUUACAUUUGAAUAACCCAAUCAAUGACAAUGAACAUGAUCCGAACAAGUAUCCUGAACAACAAUAUAUACCCGAGCAGCCUAUUAGCGAUAUUUCGAUGCGAGCAUUUUUUUAUCCAAGUACUAAAAAUGCAUUAGCGGACAAUGAUAUGGUAACACUGGAAAAUAUGCAGUAUAAAAAUGCACUGAAUACACCUCUUAACGACAUAUUUAAUAGUGACAACACUAAUUCAAAUUCAUAUAUGUUAGACAACGGACUUGGGAAUUCUGGUGAGGCAGUUUAUUCAGUUAACCCUGUCAACAAAGGAAAGGUUAGUACUUUAUUUUGGCCAGAGAGCGAGAGUAUAAACCCGAAACCUUUAAAUGAUGAAAACAGUUUUGGCUCAUUAAAUGAACAAAACCUACCAGGCAAUACAGACUCUACACAGGACAAAAGUAACGUUCAAAACUUCAUGUCACCAAAAUUCAAAAUAUUUCAAGAAAAUUUACCGGCACAACAGGAAAUUCCUUAUUUGAAUAUGGUAGAUAAAUUCAUUUCAUCAAAAGAGCAAGAUCGUGUCCAAGUCGAUAGUCUUAAAAAUGAUCAAAGGAGUGAAAGUCCUCAGUUUAAUAGUUUUCAGCUUCAGGAUAUCAAUUCAAAUGAUGCAGGUAGGGACCAGUUAGGAUUUGGAGAAAAAUAUGACAUGGCAUCAGUACAAAACAAGGAGUCAAAUAGUUUUGAUUUUGAAUAUUUUGAAGAUAGUACCUUGCCUAGUACAAGUGAUGUUCAAUAUUCUGAAAAUAGGUUCGAUUAUUUUAACGACAACAAUAACUCACAACCAUAUUACAAGUCUUACGACCAAAGUAUUGAAUCACUCUACCCAGAAACGAAUGAAUUGAACAUUCAAGGAGGAGCGGACAACAAAAUGGAGAGUCAAGUUUCAAAUGACCCCGACUUUGGAGAUUUCGGGAAUUUCAUACAGCCUAAUGCUAAUAUUGCCGCUUACCCAAUCGAAGGAUUUGGCGAUUUUGAAAACGAAGACUCUAAGCCAUAUUUCGGUAUCGAUGCAUAUAUAGGGGAUGGAUUUCAGUCAUUUGAAGAGAACUUUGGAUCCUUUAGUUCCGAUAAUAGUGACUGCGCCACUAUUGAUAAGAAGUCAUGUGCAACAAACGACGACUGUGUGUGUUACGGACUUUAUCAGUGCCGAGAAAACAAGUGUGUCAUCAAUACAUACUCAGCUACUGACUAUGAUUCACAACAAUCACAGAUUGGUCAGUGGCAUGAAGAACCUGUUGAUUUUGAUUCAUGGAAGAAAUAGAAUUAAUUACAUUAUCUGUCUACAUUCCAUGUACAUCCUGGUAUAUUUAUGAAACAAGUGGCUUAGUGAGUUAACAGAUAACGAUUAGUUUGACUGUCUGUUUUGUCUAGACCGUGAUGCAAUUUUCAUAGCCUCUUUGAUUGCUGUGACUAAAAAUAAAACUUUAUAUCUUA